ACUACCCACAGUUCUUCUUGAGCAACAAUCGAACAUGGAGUAUAUGGACGAAAUCCCGUCUUCCGAAAACCAAACCAGCCUUUGCUGUCAAUGUGGUGUGCUUACAACUCCGAACCCAUCUAACAUGUGCGUUGGGUGCCUUAGAACUCAAGUCGACAUUACCGAGGGAAUUCCCAAGCAAAGUAAUUUAUAUUUCUGCAAAGCAUGUGAAAGAUACCUUCAGCCACCAAGCCAAUGGACAACAUGUGCAUUAGAGUCAAGAGAACUUCUAGCGCUGUGUUUGAAGAAACUAAAAGGGUUGAAUAAGGUUCGCUUGGUGGAUGCAGGGUUUGUUUGGACAGAGCCUCAUUCUAAAAGAAUCAAAGUGAAGUUAACUAUUCAGAAAGAGGUAGUAAAUUCUACGAUACUGCAACAGGUGUUUGUUGUGGAAUUUGUUGUGCAAAAUCAGAUGUGUGAUGCAUGUCAUCGCCAGGCCGCUCAGGAUUACUGGAAGGCUGUUGUCCAAGUCAGACAGAAGACAUCACACAGGAAGACAUUCUUCUAUCUUGAACAGUUGAUUUUGAAACAUGGAGCCCAUCAGAAUACUGUGAGGGUGAAGCAAGAAUCAGAUGGGGUGGACUUUUUCUAUGCAUCUAGAGCAGAUGCUCGAAAGUUUGUUGAAUUCCUACAGUCUGUUGUUCCAUGCAGGUACAAAACAUCUGAGAAACUCAUCUCCCAUGACAUUCACAAUAACACAUACAACUACAAGUACACUUUCUCCGUGGAAAUUGUCCCUGUCUGCAGGGAGGAAGUUGUCUGUUUGCCUUUGAAAGUUUCAAGAUCUCUUGGAAAUAUAAGUCAAAAUGUCAUCUGUAACCGAGUCAGCACAAAUCUACAAUUUAUUGAUCCAGCAACAUUACAAACUGCAGAAAUCUCAGCAUCAAACUACUGGCGCCUGCCUUUCAAAAGCCUCUGCACAUAUAAGCAAUUCACUGAGUACAUGGUGCUCCAGAUUGAGCCAGUCGACUCAAAGAAUAUAUCUGCAUCAACUACUAACCUCAGUCAAAGGCAUGUUCUGGCAGAUGUAUGGGUAGCACGGAUGCAGGACCUGGGCACGAAUGAUUGUCAGUAUCACUGCCGCACUCACUUGGGUCAUCUCCUGAAGACGGGGGAUACUGUUUUGGGGGAAUUGAUCAAGACAGUUUGGAUGGGGAUUACGAUGCUUUCCUUGGUGAUCUGGAGGAAGACAAGACCUACAGACAGCAUGUUAACAUAUAUGUCGAUCGUGAUUACAAAGGCGCUUCAGAAGAUGACGACGAUGAGGCUCCACGGAUUAGUCUCCAGGAAAUGUUAGAGGACCUGCACCUCGAGGAACCCGAUCUGGGGGACCACGGGGCGGAAACGUGCGCCAUGAUGACAGGGUGAUGUACCUCGUUUUAUAUUCAACGGGAAAAUCAAAAGAAUACACUUUCUACAAAGAGACGACUUUCGAAAUAACUUCAAUGAAAAUGUACUGAAUAAACUAGUUGUCACACGCA